AUGACACAUCCGAUCCCGUCGCGCGAAGCUCUUCGAGCUCUAGCAAGACUAUGCCGCAGCAGUCGUCCUAUCGCGCAGCAUCACAAUCAGAGGUCACAAUCUUUGCGCCAGCCAUGUCUCACAGCGUCUAUACAGUCUCACUGGAAACACAACUGUACUUCUUCUCAGCAGACAAGGUCAAAGACCACCCUCGCCGAAGCACAAGAACCACACACCUUCGCCAACGACCCAUCUCGCUACAACGCCCAAAACCGCAUAGGACCAGAACCAACCCGCCAAGGCACAUCAGACCCUCAAAUGGAGGCCACAGAUCCCACCCUACCCGACAUCACAAACUACUACACCCUCUUCCCAAAAACCCUUCCCAGCGGCCCUCCCCAACCACAGUCCUCCCUCCCAGACUCCUCAACAAUCACCAACCCCAACAAACCACCACCAGUCUUCCAUAUCAACCCCCGCGAACUCCGACAUGAAUUCCUCAAACUCCAGUCCCUACACCACCCGGAUAAAUUCCAAGCCGGGACCGUCGCGCAUCAACGGGCCUACGCCUUGUCUACCCUCCUCAAUAACGCGUACAAAACGCUCUCGGACCCGCUUCUCCGCUCGCAGUACCUUCUCCAGCUCCUCUAUGACAUUGAUGUAACGACUGAAGAUAACUCGACUCAUCCCAGCGAUCCCGAGACACUAAUGGUAGUUAUGGAGGCACAAGAAGAGCUCGAGAACGUGAACAAAGAAGGUGGAGAGGAAGUCGUGCAGAGGCUGAAAGAGGAGAAUGGGACGAGGAUAUGGAGGACUGAGAAGGAGUUGGGUAGCGCGUUCGAGGAGGGAGAUAAGGAGAGGGCAAGGGAUGAGAGUGUCAAGUUGAAGUAUUGGAUGAGUUUGCAGAGUGGGUUGAAUGAGUGGGAACCUGGCAAGGAGGGUGGUAAAGACAUGAAAGAGCAAAAUUGCCAGGCGCUCGGCCAUCGACUACGGAAGUUUCGCGACGCUUGA